CAGGAGUAUUGAAACAACGUGGUACGAGAAAAUUUCAACUUCUUUCACAUCAAAAUCAGCUGUGAACAUCAGUAUGGCCGCUCAAAUAAUCAGAAAAUAAAUUUGUUUUUUAAAAAUCAAAUUACAAAAAAAAUAGGAAAGUGCAGUUUUCGUACUUACAUCGUGUAAUUUUAAAGAAUAGUGGCGGUGUUGAUGUUGACUAAAAGUGUUGCGUCAUGACAGAAACCUCUCACUGACAAACAAAUACAAUAAAAAUUGCGACUAUCAUUACGGCGACUUAUUGUAAUUUCUAUUUGGAUCGUGCAGCAUUUGUCGGUCGCUGAGGGCUGAUGUUAUUUGUGCUUGGUAAUCGCGCGUGAUAAUGAGUAGUGUUCGAUUGAGUUUGGUUUCUGUGGGGAGGAUCGCGAGGAGAAAUUGUCAUUUGACAUCAGGAGUGCAACAAUGCCGAACCUUACGACGGAACAGCCCGCGCUCGCUGAGCACGUGCGCGGUGCUGUGCAAGAGCCCCACGGAGCAGCCGCCCGGCCCGCCGCACUCGCACCCCCCUAAGGAUGCCGUCAACUCUGGCACGACAUCGGGCGGCAAGAAGUCGGGCUCCGGCAGCGGCGUGCUCACGUGCCCCAAGUGCGGCGACCCGUGCACGCACGUGGAGACGUUCGUCAGCUCCACGCGCUUCGUCAAGUGCGACAAGUGCCACCACUUCUUCGUAGUCCUCAGCGAGGUCGACACCAAGAAGAGCAUCAAGGACAACGCCGACACUAAGUCUGGAUUCUACAGGAAACCCCCGCCGCCGCCGAAGAAGAUAUUCGAAUACCUGAACAAGCACGUGGUAGGCCAGGAGUACGCCAAGAAAGUGCUGUCGGUCGCGGUGUACAACCACUACAAGAGGAUCUACAACAACGUCACCAGCGGCGCGCCCGCCGACGCGCACCACCCGCUGCACCACACACACAGAGCAGACCUCCUGCACAUAAGCCACGGGACCAGUACCGGAGGAGGCGGCGCCGAAGUCUUGGAGAGGCAGCACCACGAGCUGAGGCUUGACAAGAGCAACGUACUACUGUUAGGACCUACGGGAUGCGGCAAGACGCUCCUGGCGCAGACGAUAGCGCAGUGCCUGGACGUGCCGUUCGCGAUCUGCGACUGCACCACGCUCACGCAGGCCGGCUACGUCGGCGAGGACAUCGAGAGCGUCAUCGCCAAGCUGCUGCAGGACGCCAACUUCAAUGUGGAGCGUGCACAGACAGGCAUCGUGUUCCUGGACGAAGUAGACAAAAUAGGCGCCGUACCCGGAAUACAUCAGCUCAGAGAUGUGGGAGGCGAGGGCGUACAGCAAGGCAUGCUGAAGAUGCUGGAAGGCGCAGUGGUGUCGGUGCCGGAGCGCAACUCGCGCAAGUUACGCGGUGACGCGGUUCAGGUCGACACCACCAACAUACUCUUCGUGGCCAGCGGCGCUUAUAACGGGCUCGACAGACUAGUGCAGCGGCGCAACAACGAGAAGUACCUGGGCUUCGGCGCGUGGGACUCGCGCUCGGGCCGGCGCGCCGCGCUGCAGGCCGCCGCCGCCGACGCCUCGCCGCACGCCACCGCCGCCGCCGAGGCCGACGAGCGCGACGCCUGGCUGCGCAAGGUGCAGGCGCGCGACCUCAUCGACUUCGGCAUGAUCCCGCUCCAGGCCACGGCCGACGUGGCAGAGACAGAGGAGUGGCUUGAGCCGUCAGAGUUCCUGGCAGCACUACAGGCCUGGCCUGGAGUGCCGUGGCGGCAGCGGCCUCCGAGGAGACCACGGCGAAGGUGUCCAUACUGCACGUGGACGUAUCCUCGGAGCAGACGCUUAUUUAACAUAUACGAGGAUUUGGAGCCCUAUUAA